AUCCCCAAUUUAUAUAUCUGGGGUUAGGGUUUCAGCUCUAUUUCAUCAGUUCUCGAAUAUCUCCCAAGUUUAUCUCAAAAUUUGAGAGGAAAUGGCUCUGAGGAAGUUCUACAGUGAGAUAAAGGGGUUGAAAGUGAAGGAAGUGCCCAACUACGUAAAGCCGAUGCUAUCGAUGGAUUAUGUGAAGAAAUCGGUGCAGAAAGGUUUGGACAAUUAUCACGCCAAGUACAUUGAGACCAGCUCCAUUGAACCUCUCUACCAUGUCUGCUUCGGCGGCAUGAUCUUGUCUUACCUUAUUGCUCUUCCGGAGGAGCGCCGCCACCUUGAGCACCAGCAGCACGCUAAGGAGCACGGCCACUGAUUCGUUGAUUGAUCGAUUAGUCGAUCUUUCACUGAUUCGGUGAACCUGGAGCGAGUUGAUUACAAACAUUGAUUUGUUUGAUGUUUUAUUUUAUGUUUCUCGAUAUGGUAGGCAGGAAGAUACUGUCUUUUUCACAGCUUGAUGGCAUGAAGUGAUGAAAUAAAAUAACACUUUGAUUA